AUGGGCAUUCAAUUUUGCAAGGAUGGUCAGCUAGUUCAGAUCGUCAUCGAAGAGAUCGAAGAAACCACGUACAUCGUGCUCAAGGAGGAAGAACCGGCCCCGCAGUCCGUGGAAAAGGACCCCACUGAUAAUGUGGAAGCCAUCGUGAAGGUCCAGGCCUGGUGGCGCGGCACCCUGGUACGCAGGACGCUCCUACAUGCGGCGCUCCAAGCCUGGAUCAUUCAGGGCUGGUGGCGGCAGCACCGCGCGCGGCUACAGGCCAAGAGGCGGCAGGCAGCUCUGGAUCACUAUGCCCGGAUAGAGUGGGCCGCGGUCCGAGUGCAGUCCUGGUUCCGCAUGUGGUGGGUCCGCAGGCGUUACUGCCGCCUGCUCAACUCUGUCUGCGUCAUCCAGACCUACUGGCGGUGGCGGAAUUGCCAUGCCCGCGGCUUUGUCCAGGGCUGCUACGAGCUCACGGCGACGCAGCUGCAGGUUGAAGUCGAAAUCCUUUUCGGCUCACUGAUUUGUAGGAUGAGAGACCGCAUUCCCUUCCCAAUAAAGGACUGA